AUGUAUACAACAUGUUUUUUAUCGUCUGUUUUUUGCCUCCUUUUCGAUGCCAAAUAUUUGGUCAUCGGCUUGGAGCGCCGGAUUGCGUUCAAAGAAAGGGCUACCUACGAGAGGGAUGAGAGUACGAGAUCGCCCCUAAACGCGGUGUAUUUCGUCCUCCUAGACGUGGUUGGGGUGACGGCGCUCAAGGCUUUGAUAGUAUGGAGGAGGUGUGAAGACGCGGUAGACAAGUGUUUGCAGAGGGCGUUCAUUAUGGACUGUUAUUUCCCAUUUGUUUUGGUGGCGUAUUCUGUUGCGGGAACUUCGUUAAUCUAUGGUGUACAGGUAAUUGUGUAAUUUUAGGGAGAGAGUAAGUGUUUUGCACGCCAAACGGGUAAAGGUUCAAAGAUUAUUUGCCGUCUUUGAACCCAGAGUUUGCGCUUUCCAGUGUUGUUUUGGAUCAAAAAUUCCAAAAAGUGAACAUUUUAAGAUUUGACCGCUUCACAGUCAGAGCAAUAUGAAAAAUUUCAAGAAAAUCUGAGAUUAAAAUACCUCUAUGUUAGGAUAAAAAAUAGUCUAGAUAGUGUUUCAAAAAUCCCUGGCAUUGCGCUUCGAACACUUCAGUUGUCAGCCAUAAAACUAGUGUAAAAUAUUCUGACCAAAGCUUGACCUGGUCUGAACAUUUGAAUCUCGUUUUUACGACUUGAAAGACGAAAUGCCACAGAAUUUGUUGUUCUGUCACGCCCUAAAACAAAGUAGUUUUAGGGUGACAUUGGAUUUGAUUAUUUGGAACUAUUCCCAAUGACGUUUCACAAGGAGAAGCGGAGAAAAAUUUGUGACAUUUCGUCUUCCAAGCCCUAAAAGUGAGGCUCAAUUGUACAGUGACGGACCUGAUCCAGUGGCAAGAAACGUACCAUUUUGCAUCCGGGAAGCUUCAAAAAUGUGGCAAAGUGCUUCCCUCUUCAAGUGAAAAAACGUCGUUUCGAAGGGCCCGCCGUUUCCCUCGGAGAAAGAGCGGGCGCGCUUUAGAAAUCGGAUUUUUUCACUUGGAGAGGGAAGCAUUUUGGUCCUUAUAUCAAAAUUUCAAAAAAGCCAUCUCUCUUUGCAGACGUUCCACUCCCUUCAUCGAAAUGCAUUUCAAAUCCGAAGCCGCGGGACAUCACUGACCGAAGCGUUCAUGGUUACCGAAAUCCUUAACGUAAUCAAAGUCAUGAAGCCGCUGCUGAUAGCCUACUCAUUGGGUGUCUGUUUCCAAUCUCUUCUGACGUCCAUUGCAAUUCCUGCUUACGUUCUAGGCGCUAUAGACGAGGAUGACGUCUAUUUCAACGGAAUGCUAACGGUAGAACUGGAGGAUCUGGAUACUCAUAACUCUUUUUUAGCUCGCUUUUAUGGUCGGUGGAACGUAUAACACCUACUCCAGUGUGUGCAUGAUCUGGUGUUUCAAGCCGAUGCGAAGGGCGUUUGUGAAGGAUCUCAGCAGAUGUUUCCGGAGCAAGAGAUCGUUGUAUGUGGUGGAGCCGGAGCCUUCGAGACAGUCUAGUCCUCAAGAGGAUACGGACUUGCACUUCAAACAGUUGCAAACGAUCUGGAGGCAAAGAUAG